AUGGACGCGUCGACACAAACAAUCGAUCCCUAUGCCAAGGUGCAUUUUUGUAUGCAAACCGGUGAAAUUGGCGUUUGGGAAAUUCCGGAACGAUUAGGAUUAAUAAAAGAGGUGGAGCGAUCCCUAAAUAGACAUAACGCGUCGAAAGAGGGUAGAAUCGCGAAACAGUCGUCGGGGACACAAACUGCGCGGCCUAAAAACAAAGCCACGCAGGCUUUUAUGUGGCAUCUCAUGCCAAUUGACAUCGACGAAUGUCGAAAACCAAAUCGGGAGCGACUCGAACAAUUUGUUCGAAGAUUUACACUUGAACAAAUUCCUAAAGAAUUUAUAGUUCCUAAAAUUUUGUCGCCCAUUCGGGAUCCAGCUAAUGAGGCGAACUUCAAAAUGCCGUUGUCCACAGAGGAGUGGAGAAGGAAGAGACGGGAACACGAAAGAUUGGAGAGAAAGAAUUACAGAGAAGAAGUAGCAAGAAACGGGAAAGAAUGGACAGCCUGGAGAAUAGGAGAGUUUAAUUGGGAAGAAGAAAAGAAAGAAAAUGACAAUCAACAGGAAAGUGAGCGAAAACUGCGAAAGAGGAAAAAGGAAGACGACGUCGAAAACAAUAGGAAAAAGAAGAGUAUCGAGAAGAAGCAAAAAGACGAGAGCAUUGAGAAAAAGAAGAGAGAACAGAACAACGAAAGGGAGAAGGAAAACGACGAAACAAAGAAAGAGAAAGAACUCGUCCUGAUUCCUCUUCAUUUGGGCGGGCAUUGGUGCCUCGUCACGGUGGAUUUUGAGAGUAAUAGCAUCAACUAUUUUGAUAGUUUGCAGGGAAAGAACAGAGAGUACCCGACGAUGAUAUUCGAGUAUUUGAUGAUGGAAGCGGCAAACAAAAAACAAACCUCCUUUGACGCAAAAAAAUUAUUCAUCGAACUCACAAACGGACGACACGAUCAAAGGGUGUCUCUAAAAACAGAUCGAAUGUACGCUGUUAUAAAUGGUGACCGUGCCUGUCGUGGGAGAUUGACCAACGUCGAGGAUGAAGAAGCUACCUUGAUGCUAAUUGACCGAGGGAUGACGCUCAUGCAUCCCGUUGAUGAACUUCAUAAUUUACCAUAUCAAUUUGCCAGCGUGCCACCUUUCUGUACAAAGGCAUACAUCACCAACAUUAAACCGUACAUUGGGGAUCGAUGGGAUAUGGUUUGCAGCCUUCACUAUCAACGAAAGCUAGUCAAUCAAAGGGCAAAAGUCAACAUCCUCAGGGAUCAUCCAACCCUAGAUGGACAUGAGGUCGAUCUUUUUAUCACUCCACACUACGUCAACCUGCGGGAAAGCCUCAUUCAACGUGGAUACGCUACAGAAGGCGAAUAUGCAUUUUCGCUUCGAGAUGACAUCAAAUGUGCAACACCAGAAGAAAUACAAAGACUGGUAAAUGGAGAGCAACGGCAGGAACCUUUCGAUCCAAUUGAGGCUGAGCUGAGGCAAUUAGAACAUCUGCAAUUUAUGGACUUGGAGGAAGAGCAGGAGAGAGAGGUCGAUUUUUGGAGCGACUAA